AGAGAAUAUAAGAAGCUGGAUAUUAAAAUGGAAAUACACUGUAAAAGAUUUAGUAAAUAAAACAGGUAUAGGAUACUAUACGCUGUUAAGUCACAUGCAUUGUUCAACCUGGCUCCUCAGUGUAUUUCUUGGCCUUCGAGUGAUGAAGCUCAACUUACAAUGCGUAAAUGUGAAGAAAAUACUGGUUUUGUACGAACGAUUGGCGCUAUAGACGGAACGUACAUUAAAAUUGAAGUACCUAAAGAAAAUUCUAAAGAUUAUAUAAAUCGAAAAGGAUACCAUUCCAUUCAACUUCAGGUGGUGUGUAAUCACAGGGCAAUGAUUACUCAUUGUUAUGUGGGUCAUCCAAAAUCAGUUCAUGACCGGGGAGUCUUCAGACAAUCGAAAGUUGCUGAAUAUUUAAAUGAUGACUGCAAAUUUCCUUUUGAUAAUCAUUUAGUUGGAGAUUUUGCGUAUGAAUUACAUCAGCAUCUCUUGGUUCCGUUUAAAGAUAACGGACAUUUAACCGCUGCACAAAAAAAUGUUAAUUUCCGUCAAUCGUCUGCAAGAGUCGUGGAAAGAUGUUUCGCACUAUUAAAAGGCCGUGUGCCGUAUGCGUAGUUUAUUAUAUUGCUUGCCUAUGUCUUGAAUCGAUCUAAUGGCUAUAAAAGAAAUGGUUUAUAAAAGAAAUGGUACUAGACUAAUAUUCUUUGCGUCGGAUAGAAUAAAACGAGCACCCAAGGGAUGAUGUACAAUAUCAAUCAUAGUGUCCGUUCGUCUAGUGAAAAAGCACUGACUUUGGAGUCCAAGUUUAA